GGCCUGCCGACUCCUGGCCGUUGGCAAUGAUCGCCCAACCCGUUAUUUUGGGUGUGACGUCGAACACGGCAUCUCCACUCUUGGUCAUUGGCAGAGCCAAGGUGGGGAGGAACAGUAGGUAAAGCUCUCUCAUAUAUCUUCACUUCUCUUCUCAAGUCCGAUACUUUAUUGCGUAAUGAUGGCUGGCCUUGUCAAGAAGAUUGAGAUCAAUUGUGAUAUGGGGGAGGGAUUUGGCAGAUGGAAAAUGGGACCAGAUGAAGAGCUCAUAAAAUACAUCGAUGUCGCGAACGUAGCCUGCGGGUUCCAUGCCGGAGAUCCAACACUCAUGCUCAAGACGGUACGAAUGGCCAAAGCCCAUAAUGUGAAAGUGGGAGCACAUCCAGGUCUCCAAGACCUUUUCGGAUUCGGCCGCCGCCGCAUCGAAGUCGACCCCGAAGAUAUGUACGCGUCGAUUUUAUACCAGGUGGGGGCAUUGAAGGCGUUUUUGGAAGCUGAAGGGGUCCCGUUGAACCACAUCAAGCCGCACGGAGAGUUGUUCUUCUAUAUGCAGCGAGAUGCCGUUAUUAUGGAUGCAGUUUUACGCGCAGCUGCUGUUUACAAAGUCCCGGUCUACGCGUGUAAGAACGAGAUGCAGAAGGAGAUGUGUGCGAAAUAUGGACUGCCGUUUCAGGAGGAGCUAUACGUGGAUAUCGAUUAUAAUGCACAGGGAGCCUUGGUUCCUGUUGCGAAGAGCAAGAAAGCUACGCCGGAGAUUAUAUAUAACAGGGUGUUGGCGUGUGCUUUGAAGGACGAGAGGGAUCAUAAUGAGCAAGGGGUCUUGAAGGUUGGGUUUGAGGGACGGCCGUUCAGUAUUUGCAUACAUUCUGAUAUGCCUACAGCUUUGGACAAUGCAAAAGCGGCAAGGAAGGCUGUGGGUGAGGCCAAUGCGAAGCUGUUUUCAAAGUAACAUGCGGAGAAGCAAGCUCAUAUUUAACACCUCACUCCUCGAGGUUUUCAUUUCUCGAACAUACACUCUCCCGGCCUCAUAUUUCUGAAAUGGCGAUGAAAUUUUACUGGCGAACAUCUCUCGGAUUGAAUCGGACUGAAAAUGACACAUCGAGGAGGGCAAUUAUUGGAAGGCACUGCGGGGAACCCUGAACGUUUCGGGAGAGGAAGUUGGCCGAUCUUGAAAAAUACUUGGGCGGGUUUUACUUGAGGUCCGGGCGCAUUUUUUUUAGCGAGAACCACCAAUGCAAAUUGUCCCACCCACCAUAUAAUUUACUACUGAAUUUGUC